AUAUUAUCUCUUUACUUUUGUCCAAACGUUCGCGUCCGUAACCUUUCACGUAACUUCCAUCUCUUCCACAUACCCUUUCUACUCUCAUUCAUUUUCCAUCCUUCACGACAUCAUGGCUGCCGUAAUUGACCCCAAAGUUUUCUCUCUUCACGGUCGUGGCCUUCGACUCGACACCAAGGCAGAUAUCGAGCCCUACUUAACUGGGUUCGAUCCCGCUCUGAUUGAGGAAAUUCACCUCGGUGGUAACACACUUGGUAUCGAGGCUUCUGAAGCUCUUGCGGAGUUUCUUGGAAAGACAACUGCUUUGAAGGUACGUGUCGAUCAUGCUUUUACCUUCUUCUCCCUGUACCUACGCCCCGAUUCUCUUCUUUCUCAGGUUGCCGAUUUUGCUGAUAUCUUCACCGGUCGUCUGAUCAGUGAGAUCCCACAAGCCCUUCAGAACCUUUGCGACGCCCUCAUCCCACGCGACACGCUCAUUGAGCUUAAUCUCAGCGACAAUGCCUUCGGUGGUCGUUCCGUUGAGCCCAUCGUCCCGUUCCUAACGAAGAACCGCUCCUUCCAAAUCCUCAAACUCAACAACAAUGGUCUCGGUCCUGCCGGAGGUGCGGUCAUUGCAGAUGCACUACUACUCUCAGCUCAACUAUCCAAGAAGGAGGGCAAGAAGUCGAGUUUGAGGACAGUUAUCUGUGGAAGGAACCGGUUGGAGGACGGAGCAGCGGGUUCGUGGGCUGCUGCUUUCAGGGAACAUGGUGGACUCGUUGAGAUCAAGAUGCCGCAGAACGGUAUCCGGAUGGAUGGUAUCGUUGAACUCGUUCGCGGUAUCUCUGCAAACCCCGGAUUGCAACACCUCGAUCUUCAGGAUAACACGUUCUCGGAGAAGGGCGCGAAGGCGAUGGCAGAUGCGCUCAAGUCAUGGCCAGAACUCCUCACACUCAACGUGUCCGACUGUCACAUUGCCGAGGAAGAUGGUGAUGUCUCCCCGAUCUUUUCGCCGCUUGCAGCAGGAUCAAAUCCAAAGCUCAAUUUCCUGAAACUUGAAAACAACAACUUGGAGACUCGAACAUUCGAGUUGCUCGCCGAAGCGAUUCCCGAGUUUUUGCCCGUACUCAAACAUUUAGAGAUUCAAUGGAACGAUUUCGAGGAGGAAGACGAGGUUAUACAGAGUCUUGUUGGACUGUUGCAGAGGAGAGGUGGCAAGGUCAUUGUCAACGAUGAGGAGGAAGAGGAAGAAGAGCUAGAAGCUGAAGAAGCAGCUGAGGAGGAGGCCUUGGAAGCUGCCGAGCUAGAAGCCGAAGCAGAGGCGGCAGCUCAGCCAGGUCAAGUGAUUGUCACACCGGAGAGGAGGAAAUCGAUGGAGGCAGACAAGACAAUAGAGGAAGACCUAGCAGAAUUAUUGAGCAAGGUCGCCCUUCAUUAGGGUAUGGUAAUCCUGGGGUUUUGGCGUUGGCUUUAAUAGACAAUCUGUAGGAUGCACGCAUCUUCAUCUAAAUUGUAGAAAUCAUCAUUCUGGUAUACCCAUCCAAUCAAAUGUGUGUAAAUAGGUCUAAUAAAAUGCUGUAUGUAAGUAACGCUGUCCGAUGUCAGAAAUACUAGUCCAUUUUAUGU